CCUUGAAUAACCUUGUAUUUUCAUUUUCAUUUCUUUGUGCUUGAUGUUGGUUCUUCUGUCAGAAGUAAAUGUAAGACAUCACACACUAACACUUAUCCCAAUAUCACAGCUGGAAAGGAAAACCUAUAAAGAAUAACUAACCCCAACGAUUGUUAUUUCUAUUAGUUCGAGCACAGCAGAUACUCCUUCUCAGGGCAGAAGAAUUCAGUGUUGAAAUGAACAAAGGAGGAGCUUGACAACGGACCACCAAAGGGAGGGGCACAAACUGGUUUGGCAGAUGAAUCUCUGACAAACAUCAGAGCAGGAAGUAGCUGAUAGAGGUUUGGUUAGACUUUUCUCUGGGAUAGUUUUGGAUAGCUCCUGGAUACAACACCAUGGAUAACUUCCAGACAGUACUGCGUUUCUUCAUGAACCAAAAAGCCACCAUUGGUUACAGUUUUAUGGCACUCCUAACUAUAGGUGGGGAACGAAUUUUUUCAAUGGUUUCAUUUCAGUGCCCAUGUAACCAUGAGCAGAAUUUCACGUAUGGGAUGACGUUUCUGCUUGGUCCAGCUGCAGUGCUUUUUGUUUUUGGUCUGUUCUUCAGCAGCAGGCUGUGGAGGCUCUACACUGGCUGCUGUCUUAACCCCAUGAAGCUUUGCCCUCGCGGGAACUGCCUUGGCUGUUUUAGGGUGUUAUUGAGCAUUAUUACUGGUGCUUGUGUGGCCCCUGUUAUGUGGCUGUGCGUGGCCUUGCUCAAUGGGACCUUUUAUGAAUGUGCCAUCAGCGGUCUGGAUGAUAACCUGGUUGUGAAUCUGUUUUGUAAAAACAAGACGUUGCAGUGUCGGGACCAGCUGGCCCUGGUUCCCUGUGGUAACUCUAAACUCUCCAGUGAUGAACGGAUGAAGCUGCUGAUGAUGUUCAGGGCUCAGUCACAAAUUUUGGGCUGGAGUAUCAUAAUGGUUGCUGCCAUUGUAGGUCUUUUGGGCACUUGCUGCAAAAACUGCCGCUCCCAGGUCAGCUACCUGCAGCUUACGUUCUGGAAGCGUUAUAUUGAGAAAGAGAAGGAGCGCUUUGAUGCCUUCACUGUGGACUAUGCAACAAAGCUGGCUGAGAGAAAUCUGCAGAGCUUUUUUGAGAACAAAGAACCUGAUCCCAUGCCAUUUCCAAACCACAAGGCAUGGGAGGAGAUCUCUGCAUACUACACUUUCUCCAGGAGUGAACAGUAUUACAGUACUCUGCAGCGCUACAUAGAGCGGACAGACAGGGAUUUUGCACCAGAAAAUCGACCCGUUUUGGACAUGGAGCAUGGGAUAGAGAUGACCUGAACAACAACCCACUCAAGAGAAAAACUAAGGUCUGCUAACAAAAUGGAUAUUAAAGACACUCAUACAAUUUACUGACGGUAUUUAACAUUUGCUAAUUAUACUUGAUCAUUUCCCACAACCAGCUACAGUCAAGAACAAAUAAACAGUAAACAUAACUAUAUAGCUUUUUGGAUGGUAAAGUACAAAAUGUGUGAAAUUUAAAUUGAAUUUGAAUGUUAACUUUGAAUUUCACACAUUGUUGUACUUUACAA